AUGUCUUCCAACCAAUUUAUCGUGGCAUCUCCGCCGACGGACGCCAUCUCGGCGCUGAAGUUCUCCCCCGACCCCAACUCCGCGCGGAUCGUGGUAUCCUCAUGGGAUAAGAAUGUUUACCUGUACGACCUGCGUGAUGAAAAUGGCUCUGUUGGAGAAGGAAAGCUGUUGCAGAAGUUCGAGCACCGCGCGCCGGUACUGGACGUCUGCUUCGGCGAGGAUGAGAACGUGAUCUACACAGCUGGCUUGGAUUGGGAUGUAAAGAAGAUCGACCUCAACACUUCUGAACAGACUGUGCUUAGCAGCCACGAAGCCGGUGUCCGCAACGUCGUUUACAGUCGUGAGCACAACAUCGUCAUCUCCGCCUCGUGGGAUUCAACCCUCCAUAUCCACCGCCCCGACGCUGGCGCAAACCCCGAUUCCAUCGCAACUAUCGUUCCCCUCCCCUCGAAGCCAUUCUCCAUUUCGUUGACUGAUUCGCGGCUGGUGGUCGCGAUGGCGUCGCGCGCAUUGCACAUUUACGACCUUAAGGCGCUGGCCCUGCUGUCCGCAGAAGCAGAUAGCUCAGUCCCCGGUGGCAACCGGGUAGAGGUUGAGCCAUGGCAGCGCCGCGAGAGCAGCUUGAGGUUCAUGACACGGUGCGUUGCCUGCAUGCCCGACGGUGCUGGAUAUGUCUCGUCCAGUAUUGAGGGUCGUGUCGCAGUCGAGUGGUUCGACCCUUCGCCUGAAUCCCAGGCUCGCAAGUAUGCUUUCAAGUGUCACCGCCAGCCCGCAGAGGAUGGCGUCGAUGUGAUCUACCCUGUCAACGCCCUCGCUUUCCACCCUGUGUUCGGUACCUUUGCGACUGGCGGUGGUGAUGGUGGUGUUUCCUUCUGGGAUGGGAUCUCCAAGCGCCGUAUUCGCCAUUACCCCAAGCAUGACACCAGUGUGUCAGCUGUUGCAUUCAGUGGCAAUGGCAAGUACCUGGCUGUUGCUAUCAGCCCCGGGUUCGAAGAUGGCAAGGAUGAUGUCGCCGAAGGUGCAGUGCAGAUUUAUGUGCGGGAGUUGGGUGAGACAGAAGCCAAGGGCAAGGGCGCGAAAUAG